UGACAUCCCAUUUUUCCCGCAGCGUAUCCAAGUUUGUUUUCGUCCUCUUCCCGCCAUACCUCUUAUAAUCUCGUUUAAUAUCCGACCCCAAUCGUUCCCACACGUACGACGACGCGACCUAGCAAGCACGCAUCUUCUUCGACGCACCGCCCAUUAAGUCAUAAUUCCACUGCCCACAGCGUCCAUCGAUCAUACGCCAUCAUGUCUCCUUUUCUAACCACCGCUAUACUCUCCGCUCUACUGUCUUUUGUUCCGUCACCGGCAUCCGCUGUUACUCUAGAUUCCAUAAUAGACGCAUACGGCUUGACCAGUGCGCAAUACAACUUUACCUGGCCGGACCAAGCGCUCGAUUCGACGGACGCCAACGACUGGAUCGACAGCAAAUGGUCUUUGAACGGAAACAAGGUGGACUGGGGAAGUUCUUACAUCGUCUUCUCCGCUGACCCCUCAACGACAUCUUCCACCCUUGUCCGCCGACAGGGUUCUUCAACAUCUUCAUCAACGACUUCGACAAGUACCAAGAGUGCAAAGACCAGUAGUGCAAAGACCAGUAGUGCCGUGGCCACUGCCUCUGCCACAUCAAGUGGGGUUUCCUAUCCUGCUGUUACCGACCUCAACGGCGAGCCUCCGGCUCUCCGUGUAGAGUACCCUUCGGGUUCGUACUCCAAAAAGACGGGCGGAACACAAUUUUAUGCUCAGCCAUUGAACGGAAGCGACUCCUCUGGUGGAGCUUUGGAGAGAAUGUUGUUGUCGUAUGACAUUUGGUUCCCUACAGGUUUCUCAUGGAACAAAGGUGGAAAACUUCCCGGUUUGAGGGGUGGCCCGGAAACCCAUGGAUGUUCAGGUGGCGACGCGACGAACGGUACUACCUGUUUCAGUACUCGACUGAUGUGGAGGGCCAGCGGUGCCGGGGAAGUUUACGCAUACAUUCCGACAACUCAGAAAGGUUUCUGUAGUGAAACCGACGUGACUUGUAACUCGGACUAUGGAACGUCUCUCGCUCGAGGGUCGUUCUCCUUCACUACCGGCCAAUGGCAAACGAUUUACCUUAUGGUAAUCUUGAACGAGGUUGGCACUGCCAACGGUGUAGUCCAGUUGUGGUACAAUGGAGUCCCAGCUAUGACGUUUACGGACCUCAUCAUCCGUACUUCCAGCGACAUCACUUCCGUCGGCGGCCUCUAUUUUUCAACUUUCUUCGGCGGUGACGACUCUGAAUGGGCAACACCUACCCAGCAAUUUACAUACUAUAGAAACAUUCAGCUUUACGGUGGUGUCGGUGCGUCCAAUUUGACUGGUGCCGCCGCUAGUUCGGCCGGUCACAGGACCGCCGCCUUGGGUGGAAUGAAGAGUGUCGGAAUGGGUGUCGCCUUGGGCUUGAUUGGUGUUGCUGCGGGAUUGUUGUUGUAAUACGACUAUCGUGAAGUGUAACAUAAUCAUGGUGAGGAUCAAGCAGGAACGGAAGAAGCAAAAGAAGAUAAAAGAUACUUUUUGGGCUUUCGAGGUGUGUCUUGUUCAGAGACUUCGUAGUGUGUGAAAUAAUGGACUUAAGAUUAGUGUUUAGAAUCAAAGUAAUAGAACUAUACCUGUACAAACACUUGUACCAUUAGAAUAUAGUAUGCGAGAAUGUCUAGAUGCACACAAUGUUCAUG